AUGUCUGAUACAGAACUAAACGAGGUGAGCACUCAUCCUGAUCCAAAAUCUCUGAUUUUGCAAGCAUCUGCAGAUGAAAUUAAAAGUAGUGAGAACGUAUCUUCCACCAGUGAUAAUGAUGAAUAUGAUCAAGAAGAUGAAUAUGCUGCGGCUACUGCAGCUGACGAAGAUAUGAAGUAUUAUGAAAGAACAAUUCAAGAAAUUGCCAAGGGUGAUUCAUACGUUUGUAUGAUCUGUACUGUCGAAAUGGAUUAUACAUGCCAAAUGUAUGCCUGCAAAGAAUGUUACAGAGUCUUCGAUUAUGAUUGUAUUAGAGAAUGGGCAGUAAAAUCUACAGAGAAAACUGUGGACAGGAUCUGGAAAUGUCCAAAUUGUUACCAUGUAAAUAAAAAAGUUCCACCUAAGAAUAGAUCUACAUGCUGGUGUGGGAAAGUUGUUAACCCAGAAGCAAAUCCAUUGAAUCCAAAUUCAUGUGGUCAAACUUGUAACGCAAAGAUAUGUGUUCAUGGUUGUACUAAUAUAUGUCAUUUGGGCCCACACCCAGAAUGUACUCGAAUGCUCUCUAUUACCUGUCGUUGUGGGAAACAUACGAAAGAUAUCUUUUGUUACCAAUCCAAAACCUUUAAAGGCAAUAGUAAGUUUCAAUGUAAAGACGAAUGUGGUUUACCAUUAUCUUGUGGAAUCCAUAAAUGUAAAAGGAAAUGCCAUUCCGGGUUAUGUGGUGUAUGUCCUGAAAGAUUAGAAGUAAAUGAAGAAAAUGCUUGGAUAUUGAAGUGUUACUGUGGUUCAGAGACCCAAAAAUCAAUGAAAUGUAAAGAUAUUAAGAUUCCUGAGUCUGCAAAGUAUUCGAGUGAUGCUGAAGGUAAUAAAUGGAUAGGUGUAUUUGCUUGUAAAGAAAUUCGUACAGUACAGUAUGACUGUGACAAGCAUUCAUUUAUUGAACGCUGUAUUGCUCCUCCAACUCUUUCUAUGGAGAAACCAUGUCCGUACUCACCCAAAUUAUUGAAAACUUGUCCAUGUGGUAAGACACCAUUGCAGAAAUUAGCAAAACCCAGAACUCUCUGUACUGAUCCAAUUCCUACCUGUGAAUCACAUUGUAAUAAACCAUUGAAAUGUGGUAAGCAUAAAUGCCCUUUCAAAUGUCACACAGGAGCAUGCAUGGAUCCAUGUUUACAAAUAGAAACAAGAAAAUGUUCCUGUGAGCAACAAUCAUUUUUAGUGCCAUGCCAAUUUACUGGUUCACCUCAUUGUAAUAUCAAAUGUGAAUCGUUAAUGUCAUGCCGCCGUCAUAGAUGUUUGGAAAGAUGUUGUUCAGGCCGUCCUGCAGCUGAAAAGCGAAAGAAAACUUUAUUCAGAUCCCAAGAUUUAAUGGAUGAAACAUUAGUUGAAGCAGAACAUAUAUGUCUGAAAGAAUGUAAUUUGCUGUUAUCAUGCGGGAUACAUAGGUGUCAAAGGAAAUGUCAUCCGGGGAAAUGCCCACCAUGUUUAGAAAGUGACUCAAAUGAUUUAGUUUGCCCCUGUGGGAAAACAAUCGUCGAGGCGCCUGUUCGAUGUGGGACAAAAUUACCUCCUUGUCCAUUCCAAUGUAUCAAAGUCGUUAGAAAUGAAUAUCCUUGUGGUCAUACUCCUAUGCCUCAUACAUGUCAUCCAUUGGAUGAGCCAUGUCCGCCAUGUACGGCACCUGUUUUCAAGCCAUGUAAAUGUGGGAAAGUUAAAGAGGUUAGAACUCUAUGUUUUCAAAAUGAUGUAUCGUGUGGGAAGAUUUGUGGGUUACCAUUGAAGGAUUGUCCUCAUAAAUGUAUGAAAAGAUGUCACAUACCUGGUGAUUGUCAGACAAAAUGUAAACAAAUCUGCGGUAAAAGGAGAAUUAAUUGCGAUCAUACUUGUUCUAGACCAUGCCACGGGAACACUGAAUGUCCAGAUGUUCCUUGCACUGUUUCAGCUAAAGUAACUUGUGAAUGUGGAAGAAGAGAAACAUAUGUUACUUGUGGAGCAAUGUCAAAUAUAGCCAGUGCAGUUACUACUACAAUUUUGGAAUGUGAUGAAGAAUGUGAAAUGUUAGAAAGGCACAGACAAUUAAAAGAAGCCUUUGGAAUCAAAGAAAUAAUAUCUUCAUCCACUGAUCUUGAGUUUGAAAGAUUAAAGGAUAUAGUUCCAACAGCAAUAGCCUUCGAAGAAUUACAAUUACCUUUUACGGAAGCCACUUUAUCUAUCUUUUCAAGACAAGAAAGAUGGUGUCAACAAAUUGAAGAGAUCAUUAAUAAAUUCAUGGAUGACAAAUCCCGCCCAAGCUUACAUUUCAAGCCAAUGAGGCCUCCACAACGUCAUUUCAUCCAUGAAUUGUCAAAGGCAUACAAUUUAUAUUGCGAAUCACAAGAUCCUGAACCUAAACGUUCUGUUUUCAUUAAGAAAAACACAACCAGUUCUAAACCAUCUUUUUCACUAUCAAAAGUUUUACCCUUAUAUCAAACAUUCAAAGAAUUAGAGAAAGAACGUAAGUUGCAAGAGUUUGAAGCCCGUACUUCAAAAAGAUUAGUCAAUGUUGAAGUACCGGAAGGGCCUACUGAUAAUUACAUAGCUGAGGCGAAUGGAUUUUUGAUUAAAGAUUUAUCUCCUGGGACCACCGUAGAAGAUUUGGAACGUAUUUUUGGCCAAUAUUUGAAAUCUACUUUAAUAAAAAAUCCUCAAUACCUUGUUUUACAAGAUGGUAAAAGUGGAGUAAUAUAUCCUGAAGAUUACCCAACUAUAACAGCUAAUGUCGAGAGAGACUUUAAAAGCCUGGUUGGUCAUUUUGAUGUUUUGGCGAAGGAUACAUUUAUCUCAGAAGGUGUUGAACUAUGUAAAAUUGAUGAUGUACUAUCCACUGAAAGGCUAGCUACACCAGCUAUCGAUGAAAGUACGCCAUAG